CUCUCCUCCCCCCAAUCCCCGCCCAUCAUUCCCUAGUUACUUCCGCCUUUGAUUUACAAUUCUUCCCACUUUCAUAGUCUUUCUCUUCUCCCUUUACUUUUUCUGAAUACUUUCUCAUCUAGUGGACAUUGUGCUUCUUGACUGCACAGGCCACCUCGCAGUUAAGCACAUCCUGCAUAUUUUCCACUGCAUAAAGCCGUACAUAAUUUAGUGCUUCUGCCUGCAAAUAUUCCGCCUGCCUGUUCGCUUCAAAUCACCCCUCCGAUCCAAAGUCAUUCAUCCCACCUCCGUGACCGGAACUUUCGAUUUGCCAAAUGUCCAACCCGCCCUUCACGGUCAGAGCGGUCUUUGAUUAUUCUUCGGACCACGAUGAUGACCUUAAUUUCGCCAUUGGACAGAUCAUAACUGUCACAGCCGAGGAAGAUGCAGAAUGGUACUUCGGUGAGUAUGCGGACGACUCCGGGCGCAAAGUAGAGGGUAUUUUCCCCAAGAACUUCGUCGAAAGAUAUGAGCCCCCUGCUCCCCCGCGGCCGACUCGUCCAAGCAGACCCAGAAAGGAGGUAGAGGCGGUCCCCCCGCCCCCCGCGCCCGCUGUCGCAGCUGCAAUCUCUCCUACGGAGAGUUCCUACCCUCCCGAGCCUGAGCCUGAGCCCGAGCCCGAGCCCGAGCCCGAGGUAGAGAAGACGACUGCAGCCGUACCUCAGCCUCCGAGCUCCCCACCCCCAGCGCUGGCAUCACCAACUCGUGAGGUUCCUUCUCCGCCUAAGCCGGUAUCAGUUCCAGUCGCCCAGCCUCCGACGAAAGAGGCCAGCGAACCAGCUCCCAAACCUGCAUCUAAACCACCGCCUCCCGCUGUCGCCGAGAAGCCCACCGGGUCAUCCUUUAAGGACCGUAUUGCGGCAUUCAACAAAUCUGCCGCGCCGCCAGUUACGCCUUUCAAGCCAGGCGGACUUCCUCAGAGCUCCAACACUUUCAUCAGGAAACCGUUUGUUGCACCGCCACCCAGCAAGAACGCAUAUGUACCUCCGCCCAGAGAGCCUCCCCAGAAGGCAUAUCGCAGAGAAGAGGAAUCCGAUGUGCAAGAGCGGGUUACGCGGGAACCUCCAGUGUCUGAGGCCCGUCCCUUGUCCAGUGAUGGUCCAGAAGAAGGUGCGGAGGAUCAACCCAAGCCAACAACUCUGAAGGAACGCAUUGCGCUUCUCCAGAAACAACAGAUGGAACAGACUGCUCGCCAUGCUGAAGCUGCGCAAAAGAAGGAAAAGACUAAACGGCCUCCUAAGAAGCGUCUCGAAUCCCACGAAGAUACUCUUCCGGUACAAGACCUCUCAGCCGAAGGAGCCGAGCCGAUUGAACAGGCACGGGAACAUGCUCAUGAUGCAGCGGUCCCAGCCGUGCCGCAACCUGCGAUGCCACCUCCACUUGCACAUGAGCUCACCAGCGAUACCAAUGAUGCCGAUGACUCUGCUGCUGCCGACACGGAGGACGCGGAAGAAACAUCGACAAGCAAGGAGGACUCCGACGAGCGGAACCGUGCAGAGGCUCGGCGUCAAGCUCAGGCCCAGGAUGCUCAGUUGAAGGCAGAACGUAGAGAUGAGCCAGAGUCGGAUGAGGAUAACGAAGAAGCUGAGGAACAACCUCAGGAGGAAGAGGAAGAGGAGAUUGACCCCGAGGUCAAGCGAAAGAUGGAGCUUCGAGAAAGAAUGGCGAAGAUGAGUGGCGGUAUGGGCAUGAUGGGUUUCUUCGGACCUCCUGGUGGUAUGCCUGUUCCUGGUGCGGCUCGCAAACCCAAGGCGCCCGUGGAAGCAGAGAACGCUGUGGAUGAUGAAAGCUCCCGUCCCGCCCCAGCCCCUCCAGUCCCUAUUAUGGCCUUGCCCGGAAUGAAUGUAGGCAAGCCUCCAGUCUAUCCUAACGUCGAGAAAGAAGAGGAGGCGGAGGAGGAAGAGCAGGAAGAGUCCCCUGCAAGCCCAAUUACCGAGCAGCAUGCUGCAUACGAGGUUCCUGAUGUGGAGCAAGUUGUCCAUGAAGAGCCUCCGACCCGUCGCAUGUCUGCCGAUAGACCAUUUACGCCGCAAGAGCGUGCAGUUCCUCCCCCUCCCCCCCUCGACACGCGCCCGGUGCCACCUCCAGUUCCUCAUGAGCAGCCUUUGUCUCCUCCGCCGGUGCCAGGAUCCCAAUCUCUGCCACCUCCCAAGGGCGCAGCACCUGCUGACCCAGGAGACGAAUCUGAUGAUGAAUUAUCGCUGCAUCCCAAUGCUACUCCGACCACUGCACCAUCAGAGCAACCGGCGCCUCCGCUCCCCGACCAUCUUGACUCUCGUCGAUCAUCGACCUACGAUACAACGUCUCCCAAGUCGCCUACGCUACCCGCAGACAAGAGAAUGAGUCGCCCUCCUCCACCCGUGCCAGCGAACCCCCCAGUCUCAUCCCAAAACAGGCCGAUUCCGCCCCCUCCUCCAGUCAACAUUCGGCGGAGGUCUACGACCGAUAGUCGGACAAGCAUGGCUUCGCAGCCCCGCCAAGCCGGAGAGGGAGCCGACGGCGAAAUCACGGAAUAUGAUGGCGACUACGACACUGACAUUGCAUCUGGUGCUAAGUUCAAGGAUGCUCUGAAGUCUCACGGCCGCGAUUCUAGCCUUGACGAAGGUGUCAUGACCGAUGAACACACGCUUCAAUCCCCUAGAAGCCCACCCCAGACUCGUCUCCCGCCCCCACCUCCUUUGUCUGCCCCACGAGCCGUGCCCCCUCCACCCCCAAUUCAACCUCCCAAGAGUGCCGGCAGAGACUCUCUACAGUCGCCAAGAGGGCCUCCACCCCCUCCACCCCAACGAGAGCCAUCAUACGGGGGUGAUGACGAUGAAUAUGACCCUUACCGUUAUACCGCCCCGCAACAUGGGGUGCCUGUCUCAAGAGCACCGCCACCGAUUCCCACUGGUCCAGCAGAAGCUGCACCUAUGCCUCCUCAGGCUGCUGAAGAAGAGUCUGAUGAUAUGUAUGAUUCCUCGCCUGUGCAAAAUUUCGGUGAGAUGUCUAUUCAGUCCCCUAUCGAAAAACGCACCUCAAUGGCUCCUCCGCCUCCUAGCCUGCCUCCGCCUACACCUCGCAGCAACCGAGCAUCGCUGGACAUUCCGCGAGCCCAACCCAGUGUUCGGAGAUCCAUGGACGUUUCUCGUCCGUCCAUUGAUCUGGGCUUCAUUGCCACGGACGUUGACUUGGCAGAGAACACUCUUUGGUGGACGCAUUCCAAUACUCCUCCUCCUGCUUUCCAGAACCGGAAGGACGUUCUGCUUGAGUUCGAGGAGUCAAAUUCCUCCAAGCGUGGCGGUAAAACUACUGUGACCAAGGAUAUCUAUAUCUUGUUCAUCGACUACUCGCAGACCGUGAUCACUGUGAACUUUGAUGCUCGCAACCCCUCUGAUGCGACUUUAGAACAGCGUCACGAGGCGCCUCCUCACCAACCUCGUCAAGACCAGCUGGAGACUGCCCAUCAUCAGAUCGGAACACGCAUCGCCAACGCGAUCAAUGGCAUCCAGAACACUACUGUUGCGGAUGGCUCUCCACAUGGCUUGGUGCAGCAUUUGCUAAGCCCCCUGUCUGAUGUCCUCCUUCCGGUUGGCACCCGCGCCUAUGGGGCCCUGGUCUAUUCCAAUUUGGCCAAUGCUUCCGUGCAGCAAAACGACGAGAUCCGCGCAGGAGAUAUUGUCAGUUUCCGCAACGCACGAUUCCAGGGUCAUCGUGGCACGAUGCAUCAGAAGUACAGCUCUGAGGUGGGCAAACCUGAUCACGUAGGCAUUGUCGUUGACUGGGAUGGCACCAAGAAGAAGAUCCGCGCCUGGGAGCAGGGCAGAGAAAGCAAGAAGGUUAAGAUGGAGAGUUUCAAGCUGAAUGACUUACGGAGUGGAGAAUGUAAGGUGUGGCGUGUCAUGCCUCGGAGUUAUGUUGGUUGGGACAAAUAAGGAAGGAGAAUCAAUUACCUAAUGUAUGAAGGGCCUGGCGCUGGAAUCAUGAAAAAAUCCUCUAUGGACGAUUGAUGCCGUUGUCCGGGCCUCGGAGGCCGGUGCGGAGCUCUGCUGACAUGUACUGCCGAUGAGCUUGCAAAUAGGUCUGUGUGAAGAUACGAGUGGAGAUGGUGUUUUAUGAUCUGCUUCCAGAUAUUACCUACCUUUCUUGUUGUAACUAUCUAUUGAUGGUCGUUCCGUGUGUCUGUAAAUGCACUAUGGUGGCUAUUGCUUCGUUUUACUAUCGGC